AUGGCCCUGGACUUGGAUCAUCGCGGGUCCGGCCCACCCAGCAGCCACACGCAUCGAUGGAUACCCUCGCCAGCCUCACAACCCGUCGUCGGUGCAUUGCGACUCAUCUCGCGCCAGCAGCAUCAGACGGCGGCCAGCCACAUGCUCCAGCCUGCUCCUCCCCCGUCGUUCACGGAAGCCGCCUCCGCGCUCGGCCUAUUCGAUGUUGACGACGUAGUGGACGUCUCAACUCCCUUUAUGCCCGGAUGCUGUCCCAUUCACGACCGACUCCGCCCCGACCCGUAUUAUCAUUCCGUCCACGGUAGCGUUUACUACACGCCCGACCGACCUGUUCGGCGCAGCCGUGGUACCACGUCCGGAGACUUCCCGGCUCCGUUAAUACGCCCGUGUCCGCGCCGGCCGCAUUCCAUCCACAUCGUAUCCUACCCUCCCGGCUUCGUGCCGCACGAGCUGCGCCCCCUUUCCGUUGCCGUAGACACGCCCAAGGACGAUAAAUCGGCGAAGCGCGAGAAGCGAAGGAAAAAGAAGGAGGACGCAGCUGCUAGGAAGAAAGAGGAGAAGGAGAGGAGAAGGGAGGAAAAAGAACGCUGCGAGAAAAGCGAAAGGAGACGGUCUCUGAGGUCGCUUUCCUCGGGCAACAGCAGCGAGAAGCUUAGCCGUGUGUUUGACAAGAUAUUCGCCGCCUUCGCCAUCCACCCGGCAAAAUCGCCACCUAGUCACGCCGCAUCACCGAGCCCAAGCCCGAUCCCGACUACCCCGGGAACCCGCUCUCGGCCGUCCAGCUUCAUCAGCUUCGCCCGGAGGCUGUCGCGAAUUGAACAGGUAUCCCCAACCGAACCGCUUGUCUUGGAGGAGCCAUUGGUGACCGAACCUACGAUUCAACCUGCGACUCAACCUUCGACUGAACCUCCGACUGAGGCUCCCGUCGAACCACUUGUUGAAACUCCGGUUGAACCUCCCGUGGAACCUCCCGCGGAACUUCCUAUAGAACCUCCCACCGCUCCCACAGAACCCCCCAUAGAACCUCCCACGAUGACCGGGACACCCAUCGCCCGGCCACGGCCGCAGUCGACGUCGGUGAUGUCGGCCAACCGGAACAGCGUCAUAUCGAUGCGGUCCGCCAAGAGCAUGAUGAGCUCAUCCACCUCCGAAAUUGUCCAGAAACCAGUAGCAUCCGGCAGCGGCGUGAGCUGUUCGAUCCUCCUAGCGGAGCCCAACGUCUUCUUGACAGGCCUCGACCACGACCACCACACCCGUCGCAGCGUCCAGAGCACGAGCGCACUCCUACGCGGCAAGCUGCAGCUCAACGUAUCCAAGAACGUCAAGAUCAAGUCGGUGACGCUUAAACUCGUCGGCAAGGCACGCACAGAAUGGCCCGAGGGGAUCCCCCCAGCUAAGUCCGAGCUGUGCGAGGAACACACACUGCGCACCCAGUCACUUGUGUUUUUCCACGCCAUGCAUGAGGGUAUGUGGGACACCGAAUACGGCAGCCAAUGUACCUACUCGCACAAAUCUAGCAGCAGCAGCAGCAGUGCCAUUGGUAGUGCGUCGGGUUUGCAAUCCACACCUUCCAACAGCUCGCUGCAGCUUCUUGGCAAGGGACGCAGCAACAGUACACUCACGGCCAAAGAGUACAAGCGCCUUUCGCUACAGUCGGUUAACUCGCGGAGCUUUGGCAAGGGGGACUCGCCGCAUGUCAGCCAAGUCCAGUGCAAGGGAUACAAGGUGUUUCGCCCGGGAACCUACGAGUACUCGUUUGAGCUGCCCAUCGACCACAGCCAGCUUGAAACGGCCAAGUUGCCAUUCGGCUCGGUGCGCUGGGAUCUCGAGACCACCGUGGAGCGAGCAGGUGCCUUCAAACCCAACUUGCACGGAUCCAAGGAGGUGACCAUCGUCCGGUUACCGGAUCAGAUGUCGCUCGAGACGGUCGAGCCCAUCUCCAUCAGCCGGCACUGGGAAGAUCAGCUGCACUACGACAUCAUUAUUUCCGGCAAGAGCUUCCCCAUCGGUGGCCGGAUCCCCAUCGCCUUCAAGCUCACACCACUCGCCAAGGUGCAGAUCCACAAACUCAAGGUGUACGCGACCGAGAACAUCGAGUACUGGACCAACGACCGGCACGUGACCCGCAAAGACGCCGGCCGCAAGAUCUUGCUGCUAGAAAAGGCCGCCGGCAAGCCGCUGGACAAGCAGUACGCCAUGAGCGACCUCCGCGUGCUCAGCGGCGGGGAGCUUGAGCCCGAGCAGCGGGAGGAAGCACGGCAGGCGGCCGCUGUCCGCAGGCUGCGCGAUGCCUCGUGGUUGCAGCCGUUUGAACCCCUGCCGGAGCCGAGCAACAACCUGCUAGGCGACUUGGAUCUAGGACUCGAGUCGUUUUGGGGGAGCACCGAGAUCGAGAUGAACGUGCAGCUGCCCACGUGCGAGAUGAUGGCGCGGGAUAAGGCCGUCCGGUUGCAUCCGGAUUGUAGUUGGAAGAAUGUCAAUGUGUUUCAUUGGAUCAAGAUCGUAAUGCGCAUCUCCCGCGCGGAUGCAGACGACCCGACAGGCAAACGCCGCCGGCACUUCGAAAUCAGCAUCGACAGCCCCUUCACCGUGCUCAACUGCCGUGCCACCCAGACCAACACUGCCCUGCCACAGUACAGCGGAAGCGAUGGGCCUAUCCCAGAACGCCGGGAACAGGUGUCCUGCGGUUGCCCCGACGCGCAGCCCCUCGAUCCGACGUCCUCGAUGCUCUCACGGCCGCUGACUAUGGUUGAGGAGGAUAUCGUCGGUUUCAGUGGCCGGCGGCUGAACCUGGACCGGCCGAGUGCGCGGUCCAGGACAAACACCGGACAAAGCUUAUCGAACACUACCACCACAAGCAAUAACAAUAACAACGCCCGCCCAGAGAGCGUCAGCGCUGCCCAAUCCGACCGACUUCGUAGUCAGAAUCACCACGAGCCAGAGCGGCCAAUCCACUUGAUCCGCCACCCGUCCCAUAAUCCGCCCGCUUUUGACGCCGACGAGCCCCCACCCCAGCUACCGCUGCAGACCCCGCCGCCGCAGUAUGACAUGAUUGUCGGUACGCCAAGCGUGGAUGGGCUGGCGGAUUACUUUACGCGGUUGGCCGCGUAUGAGGGAGGGGGAGGAGUUCCAGGCGCUGAUGAUGGUGUAGGACUGGGAGUGGAAGUUGCCGGGGGAUUUCCUGGUCUUGAUGUACCACCGCCUCUUGCAGCAGCCGAAGGCGUCGAUGGAGAUGGAAGCAGAGAAGCCGCGGAUGACGGAGAUGCAGACAGCGACACCAAUACCAUCGGGCCAGACGACUCCGACGCAACUCCCGAGGCGGAAGUCCCGAGUGUCCCUGUCUCGGUCUCUCCUAGCGUAGCACUGUCCCAGGAAUUCCUCCACAUCGCCGACGCAAUCACCACAAAUCCUAGCCCAACAGUCCCCGCUCCUGCUGCUUCUUCUACAGGCCCUACCACCACGGCUACUGCUCCCGCUACUACUACUGUCCCCAACCCCGACGCAGACGCAGACAUCGACCCCUUCAGCAUCCUCUCCCUCCUUCUCAACCCCCCAACCACCACCUCUUCCUCCUCAGACACCGACGAUGAAGACGACGACGAAUACACCCAAGACGGCCGCACCCGUCUCCACCGCGGCGGACGUGUCAAUGUCGCUAAUCCGCGCACACCUGGUGGUCGGCUGGUGCCGAGUCGGAGUUUGGAGAUUGAACGGCCUAGUGUGAGGUUGGAUAUGACGGGGGUUUUGAGGCGGAGGGCGAGGGAUUAA